AUGAUCAGAAAAAACGACACCUUAUUGACUGAGUUCAUCCUGUCAGGAUUAGCAGACACCCUGGAGUUACAGAUUAUCCUAUUUGUGCUCUUUUUAGUGGUUUACAUAUUUACAGUUCUGGGGAAUUUGGGAAUGAUCAUGCUCAUCAGGAUUGAUUCUCGACUGCACACACCCAUGUAUUUCUUCCUGGCUAACUUGUCCUUUGUGGAUGUUUGCUACUCAUCCACUAUCACCCCAAAGAUGCUGGUAGAUCUACUGUCUGAGAAGAAAAGCAUCUCCUUUGCUGGUUGCUUCCUGCAGAUGUAUUUCUUUAUCGCCCUGGCAACGACAGAGUGCAUCCUCUUUGGCUUAAUGGCUUACGACCGUUAUGUGGCCAUAUGUAACCCCCUCCUUUACUCCUUAGCAAUGCCCAGAGCAGUCUGUCUUAAAAUGGCCACGGGAGCCUUUUCAGCUGGAUUGCUGAACUCCAUGGUUAACACAAGUUAUGUGAGCAGUUUGCCAUUCUGUGGCCCCAAUAUCAUCCACCAUUUCUUCUGCGAUAGCCCCCCUCUUUUUAAGCUCUCUUGUUCUGACACACGCCUGAAUGAAAGCAUCUUUUCCACUUUUGCUGGUGUGAAUAUGGUCGGUUCUCUGCUGGUCAUCCUCACGUCCUACUCUUACAUCCUCUUCUCCAUCUUCCGUAUGCAUUCCGGGGAGGGGAGGCACAAGGCACUCUCAACUUGUGCUUCCCACUUGACGGCUAUCACUCUGUUCUUUGCAACAUCCAUCUAUACUUAUCUGAGACCCAGUUCUAGCUACGCCCUGAAUCGGGACAAAGUGGCUUCUGUGUUCUACACAGUGGUGAUCCCCAUGUUGAAUCCCCUGAUCUACAGCCUCAGGAAUAAGGAAGUAAAGGCGGCAUUUUGGAAUGUAAUUACCAGGAAGAGAAUCUCUUCAUUUCUAUGA